AUGCAUCCACAGCUAGAGGCAGAAAGGUUUCACUCAUGUCUUGAUUUUAUCCAAGCACUUGACAAAUGUCACCAAGCUGAGUAUUACAAAAGAGCUUUAGGUUUAUGCAACAAUGAGAAAGAGGCCUUGACCAAAUGUCUUCAUGAAGCCAGACUAGAAGGUGAAAGGCGUUAUAUCAAGGAGAGCAGAGAAAAGCAGAAAGUUAUUCACGCCAAAUGGAAGCAAAUUGAAGAAGAACAGUAUGGGGAAGAUGCAAUUCUUAAGAAAAUCAUCCAAAGGCAGGUUGCCAAAAAGCAACAGGAGCAGGCUGAUAACUCCAAAUGA